CUCACCACCAUCCCUAUUCCCUUUCCCUGCUCAUGGUCUCGAAAGAUUCAUCCAAGUUUGCACCCUAUGCCACCAAUGAGCUCGAUCGGCUGUCUAGCUAGAUUCCCGUAUCUUAGUAUAGAUACUUACCAAGAUACGGUCCUCUCGCAAUACAUCUCAUCAUACAAUAGUUCGAAAUGGUUUAGUUGAAUCACUGAAACCACUCGACAAAUUUCAGCUCGGUGGUUAAUCUGCUCCACGCUCUCCGCGGUAUAAAUAAAGAUCAGUUCGAGUCUCACCGAUCCAUCAACGUCUUGCCGGCCGGUGAACUCCCAACCCAAAAUGCCGCGCCACCACGUCCACCCUCUCCAUCGCCUCCCCGCCGCAGCAGGCACGGCCAGUUUGGGCGCGGCGGCGGUUGCCUUCUUGCUGCUGUGCGUGUUCGCGCUUGCAGCCUGCGCGAGCCACAGCAGCCGGUGGUUCUUCCGGCGCCGGCGGCACUCUGAGCCGGUGAUUAGCAACCACCAAGUUCAGCCAGGGGCGGCGGAGUGUGUCUGGCAAAAGAGCAUACUGAUGGGAGGCAAGUGCGAGCUCCCCGACUUCUCCGGAGUCGUCUCGUAUGAUUCCGCCGGAAAUCUCGUCGUCGCCGGCCGUACCCAGCCCACAAUGUCCUUAAAAUGAAGCAACUUUGAGCUACUACUGUUCUAUUUGUCAUUUAUCUAUCAUCUAUGACAUACUCAUAAACUUGCUGCUACAUCUAUUUGCAACCACGAAUUCAAUUGAAUCAACACAAGUACUCAAUCUUACACUCAAAAAACAAA